GCUCAAAAUUCAGCCCCUAGACCGAGGAAAACAAGAUGAAGAUCAAUUUUACAACUCAUCGAGAACUGUAGUUUCGCUCGUCCUUGUUCGUCUUGUUCGUUGAGAUCAUCAAGUCGAUAACAAACAAGCAUCAAUGAAAAAAUGACAGAAGAAUUCGACACGAUCAAGCCUCGCUUUGCAUUUUCAGAAAAGAAUUCGUAGUUUCCCCAAAGAUUAGGAUUUUUUUUAGACAGGAAAAUCUUACUCAGAUUGCCGAAUUAUAGAUUCACAUCAUCAGGAUCGAUUACUUUGGUAGAAGUAAGCAGUGAGAAAGGACAUUCGUAGAGGUUUACUAACUGGCUGGUUAUCCAUCUCGUUGAACACGAUCAUCCACUUGUAGAAGGUACAACGCUUCAACUUCAUCUAGGUAUUUUCACUACAACUAAGUACGUAAUUUCAUCUAGACCUAGGUCAACAACGUCAACUUCAUCGUGCUAGAAGUUGUCAAUUGUCACUGAAAAGAUGGGACGGUCAAACGGUUGCGAAGCUAACAGAAAACGAGAAGAUGCCAAGAAGAGGGCGGCGAAAUUUAACAAGGAAGGUACUUAUUAACAAUCUUCAUGUUACUAGUUUUUUUUCAUUUUGCUGUUAUCCCGUUUUUGGAAUUUUUGGAAAGUAGAAGUUGUGUUCGAUAUUUAAUUUCUAUCUUGAUCAGGUAAUUCCCAGCUCCAGGCGAACGCAGAUUGCAUGAGUCUGCAGUGCAAGGUGUGCUUGCAGAGCUUCAUGAGCACACAAUUGAAGAUGGCGAAAAUCCACUACGAGCAGAAGCAUGCCAAAUUACCAUGGGAAGAAUGUUUUCCCGCACAUCCUAAACCAGAAUAGGUCGAGGACUUCUUGUUCUUGUUCUAAAACGAUGGAUCGCACUUACGAUGAAGUCCGCCAUGGUUUACUUCCUUGUUCAACAAGAUGAACUUCUCUGCAACUUUUAUUCCAACUUCUGCAACUCUCGACUACUACAAGAACGAUGCUACUUACAUGACGAGAUGAAACGAACACGAACUCCAUCCCCCUAGUACUACGUAUUUAUUGGAAUCAAUCGGAAGAUGGAGGAGAGAGGGAAAGAACUGCUAGAAUGACAAUGAUCAUUUACUUCGACGACAACCCCCAGUAGAACUCUUGGGACAACAUGAUGAACGACCAUGAUCUUCACAAGAAGCGACAAAAUUACACUGCAAGCGGACGGGCAAGGGCAUGCAACAAGAACAACAUCUACUUCUUAGGGCAGCUCUUACACAUAACGAUUAGGAUAUCAUGACUGUUGACGUUGUGCAGAACGAGCGCUUGAAGUACUUUAUGGGAUGAUGAAUUCCUUCAUAUAACUGAAUCCUUUUCCUUUUUACUUUGCCAAAGAUGAACAAGCAACAUCAACAUCCCAGACAAGCACAUUCAUACGCCUGGCAUGCUUCAAAAAAAAACCUCUCACUUGUGAAGAUCUGGAAGUCAUCUUGUAGUCCUGGUUGUUAGAAGAAGAGCACCCUCGUCAACAUUUAAGCCAGCAGCUUACUAC